AUGGCACUUGUUGGAUGGGAAGAGACUAGAGGAGUAGAGACAGUAAUCCGGCUCAGCAGCAGAUCAGGCGGUCGGACGCUAGGGCUGGGCUCCGCUGGACUACGAAGUACAUAUUGCCGCCUAUUUGUCAAAGGGGGCUCGGGAAUCUAUUUGGCAAUGGAAAACUACGUGCCUUCUGCUGAGGAAGAAGUGGCCCUUCAGCCUGAAAACCCAUUUCCCGAAGCGUUCCACACGGAAGGAACCAUCAUCAUCGAAGUGAAGCAAAGCACAAGAAUACAACAAACUGUAGAGUACGCCUUGAAGCACCUUACAAAAACUUUGAGUCGUUUCUUGAUCUUCCAUGGAGUUGGCGAAUCAGCGGAGAAAUGUAUUACCUGUGUGGAAAUCUUGAAGAAAAGAUAUAAGGGCACGCUCCAUCAAUGGAAUUCGUUGACGUUCCAGAGGAAAUUGUCUUAUUGGGAUCCGUUGAUCGAUGGAAUGGAUAGACUUCGCGUGACCGUCGACCUCCCAGCAUUGUUUAUCCUCGUCUCCCUAGACGAAUUUCCAGCCGAAUUCCAAUGCUUGAGUAUUCAGUCUUCGAAGGAGACGUGUUCGGUGUUCGAGGGCGAGCAGAAUAUCGAGGUGAAAACGGGGAAGACGGGGAAGAAGAGUGGACAAAGUAAUAAGGCGUCCAAACCGAAGAAAAACAACCCCUCCAAUCACUCAGAAGCGCCAGAUCGACCUCGACGGCAAUCAGACGUCCACCGGGAU